AUGCUAGCAGGCCAGAAGGGUUGUGGGUUGAGUCUGCUCAUCCUCGUGGCGAUCUGGACUUACUUCCAGUGCGUCAGACCUGAGAUUGACAAGAGGAUCAUUCAGAUCCCACGCGGCCUCAGGAUCACUCAGAUUCCACGCGGCCUCAGGAUCAUUCAGAUCACAUGCGGCCUCAGGAUCAUUCAGAUCACAUGCGGCCUCAGGAUCAUUCAGAUCACACGUAUCGCUCGGCAAGAUACGAAAAUUGAAGAUACCAUAAUAACUGUGAGCGCACCCAUAGUCUGCCAGCCGUUUCCUCUCUGUCCAUCGACGUUGCCUCCUUCAGCGCCGUCGUCAGGCAGCGUCCUAACCACCAUCACGAGACAGGGCAAAAAUAGCGCCUUCAGCUACUCGGGACCUCUCAAUAACCUACCUUUGGCUGAUAGACACAUCCUUUACUCAAGCUUGGGUCGGGGACAAGUUCUUCAGGAGGAGGGAGUAAACUGCAUUGAUGAAGUUAGCUUGAUUAGACGUGCACCGGCGGAUCAUCAUGCGUCGUUUUUAGACGACUCACUAACGUACACCGCGACUAAAGUCGAUGGUAAUAACGAAGACGAAGAGGAAAUCCGUGUUGGCGACAGUGCUGGAUCACACGCGGCCUCUUAUCAGCACUUACCACGGACAAGAUCAGGGUCAACAUACCAUCAGGUUCCUAAAGAAGACAUUUUUGAGAAUUCUUGGAGACGCGACGACAGCAGUUUGCUAGAGGGACCGUUCAGCACGCUAGGAGGCCGACGCAAAGCUCGUGACGCUCCUGCUCCCCGGGUAUCUCAACUUGGACGAUGCAGGUCGACGGAUGGCGGAAGUGGUUUUCGAACGUCAUCCAUGAGGAUGUUUCAUGAUCAUCCAUUUCACUCGACGUUUAAAUCAAAGCAAGCCUGCCUGACCGCAUCCAACGAGUUCUCAUUUCAAAACUUUCGUCACCCUGAGCCCACAGACAAUCGUCCGCUCCUCCAACCAUCAGCAGCCAUUGCCAUCAUCUCCCACUAUAGCACUCCCAUUCCUCAGCCUCUCGUGCCCCUUGAUAGCUUAGAAGAAAGUUCCGAAGGCAUUUCCUUUUACUCAGGGGAAUCAUUCAUUAAAGUACGAGAAGAAAAUGCCUCUACAAAUCAGAAGAAAACAUCGCAGAAAUUUUUACAUGCGCACAAACCCGCUUACGCAUCGAUCAGGAGCACAAAAUUGAAACAGACUUGCCCUCCAAACUCCAAUGCAAUUCAUGCUCUCAUGCCCCUUGGGCAGUCGGAAAAUAUGUAUUCGGCUUUAACUUUUCAGCAAAAACGUUUGUCUGGAAUAUCUGAAAUAUCGGCAAUUCCGCUCUUCGUAUUCGAUUCAGCAACAAGUUCAUGUGCAAAGAUCUCUGAAUCUUCGUUACUCAACACGAGUACGGUGGUUCUGAAACACGAUUCAUCAGGAAGCAAGUCACCAAUUAAUGACAGGUUCAGCUACGUGGCCCACGACGACGCGGACAACCCGUUCGCACAACUGUCGUCCAGUCUAAAUUUUAGCUCCCACCACGAAGUGACUGGAUCCUUCACGCAGAGACCCGAAAGUGAAAUAUUGAAUAGUCCCGGUUUACCGAGUCAUGCCGCCAGUUUCGAGGAACUGCAGAAGCUGGAGUCGAGUGUGAACGAGAGCAAAGCUCGGGACUCCUUCGCAAGCGGGACAACAUUGCAGUUAGACAUUGCUUUACUGGACUCGGUUAGUAUUGAUAAAUUGAAAAUGAAGCUUGUGAACAACUUGCCGACCCCUCUUCCUCAAUUUUGUUUUGAUAGGACCAAAGUUCAAGGUGAAAGUAAUAUUUAAGUUUUAUUCUGCAACAAAUGCCUCAAAUAUAACUAAGCUAUACAACUUUAAUUAAUUAAGGUAGGUAUCGCAUGAUAAUAGUGCACAACAGAUGCACAUUAAAGAAUAUAACUCGGACUGAACGCCAUAACUCUGAAUGUGCGAAUUCGUCGUAGGUAAUGCAAAUCAUUUUGAUUAUGAAAUACCACGUAAUUAGACAAUAAAAAUUAUAUAUUACAUUUUUUACCCUGAAAUCCCUGCCUAUGUAUUAUAGACCGACCAAUUAUUAUCAUUAAUUAUUAUCAUCGUUAUUAUCUA